GCUUGGAGACACAUUUCUCUUCAUCCAGAAGGCAGGUGAUUUAAUGAACUCCAAGAGGAGCAUUCUUGACUGAUGGUGCCUAACGCUGUAACCAUGGACUUAGGCAGAGACAGCCCCUUCAUACCAUGAGGCAGAAAGCUGUGAAAGAGGACUGUCCUUGCACACAGCAACCCCAAAAUGAGUGAAAAGACCACCCUAACUCCAGGAGAGAUACCAGCAUCAUCUGGCCCCACCACACCACGCAAGGGGCCUCCCAAGUUCAAGCAAAGACAGACAAGACAGUUCAAGAGCAAGCCUCCUAAGAAAGGAGUGAAAGGGUUUGGGGAUGAUAUUCCAGGCAUGGAGGGACUUGGAACAGAUAUCACAGUGAUCUGUCCAUGGGAGGCUUUCAGUCAUCUGGAACUGCAUGAGCUGGCCCAGUUUGGGAUCAUCUAAGUAACUGGAGUCACUGCUGGUCCUAGCAACUUCCAGUGUUUCAGAAAGGUCUUCAUCAAUGUUGACACUUUUUUCAGCUCUUCCAUCCACCUGAUGACAUUUUAUUGAUCAUGUGUAGAAGGGACUUUGUGACACUGAGCUAAUUCUGAACAAUUCCUUCUCAGAUUAACUUGGCUAGAAGUUAUCAAGGACCCUGAAUAACCAACAUGGUUCAUCAGAUGAACUUAGUGGGGAUAUUUAACUACAUCUGAAUGCUCUUUCUUCUCCCUGGUAUAUUCAACAUGUUUGUGAUAUCAACCCUGUAUCUUAGGUUACUUUGUGUGUGGAUUUUUAUUCUGUAUCCCCCCAGCUACUUGAGAUACUGUGUGUAUGUGUACUCUGUUUAAAAUCUCACUCUGUAUUGCCACUCUCUCAUUGAAAGGUGAUGUUGUAUUAAGCUUUCUUAGAAUGUUCUCCCGUCCAGGGUUUCUCUGGACACAAGAAGUCCAACCAAUGUAAUGAUAUUCCAUGACAUCUGGGCCAGUUGUCCAUUAUUCUCAGGAAUGUGGAAUAGGUUUUAAGAGUCAUCUGUUUAGCCAUUUUAGCACCUUUCAAUAGAAAAGUGAACCUGGACUCUCUCCCUUGGAUAUCCAUAAUAAAUUAUUAUUAAGAUUCAGUUUAUCAACAAGAGGAAAGAAGGGACUGGGAAUAUUGUAUCUACCCUGGAUUAUCAAUAGGUUAGUUAAGUAACCGUUAGAUUUCAGUUAUUACAGUAAGGACAGAUGAAAGCCUGAAUGUCCAAGAUCACUAACCAGUUUAAGAAGAUGAAGUCAAACUGCAAUUUGUCACUUAACAGUGACAUACAGUAUAGGAAGAAGAUUUGUUUUAUUCUUAUAAUCUGUCUGGGGAAAAGUUGCUUGGUCCCAAUUUUGGAUUUCACAAUAAAUUUAAUGAGCACCUCUCUCAACGGUGGGAUUUUUUUCUUUCUUAAUUAGGAACAUGUCAAGAGCAGUCAAUAUUAUAGUAAUUUUUUUUUAAUUCAGACUGACAGUCCAUUGGAGAGAACACCAAGGUGUUGAUACUCUUCUCUUUUCUAAAAUAGUGCCAUUCCCUGUCAGCAACUACCGGGCUAUUAACAAAGUUCCCUUUUUAGAGUUCGGGAGGUUAAAAAUAAAGAAAUUAAAAAGAGAUACUGAAAAGGUUCCUCUUCUGAAUAUUAGACAGGCACAUUCCUUUUUACCAACAGAGUACGGCUAAUAUGUCUCAUUCUUAAAGAGCCUAAAAUUAGCACUCUCCUUAACAUUCCCAUAUUUGGCUGAAUACCUGUUGUAUACAAAUUUUGGGUCACCUUUUCUUGUUCCUAUUUGUUUUAACAUGUUUACAGAGGCACAGUUUGAAUAAAAGAAAUAAUACAUAAUUCAGAGAGAUUACAUUUGCUCCUUUUAAUUGUUGACAAUGUUAAGAUUUAUAAAAGGAAUUUUAAAACACGGUGUCUAUUCUUUUUGAGAGAGAGAGAGAGACCCUGAAAUUUUAAUUUUCAGAAGCAGCAGUGAGAGAUGAAAAUGGUGCAAGGAAGAAAAUACUUCAAAUAUCCUGUCAAAAUAUUACAGCAGUAACACAUGGUAAUAAAUUACGCAUUGUUCUUUUAUUAAAAAAAAAAUUAAAAUGUUUUAAAAUCUUGAAAAUAUGAUCUCAAUUUCUUAAAUGAUAUACAAAGAAUAGGAGAAGUAAGGAUUUCUUAGGGUGAUACUGUAAGGAGUGACCUAGAAACCUCUACUCGAAGACGAAGAAGAAGAGAAUGCUAUGUGAAGAAUGCCCAUCUGCAAUGAUAAGGAGGAGACAGUCUUAGAUAAAGGGGGCUUGAAAACAAAAGAAGAAACAGAGUACUGGGUUAAAGGGCUCAUUAAAAUACUAAAAAUCACACCCCUAGGUGGGGAAAAAGUAUGCUAAUGAAACACACAUGUAUGUAAAUGAGAUACAUGGCUAAAACACAGGUAUAGAGACAUGCUCAGUAAAGAACUUCUUGCGUCACUCACUUAUAACCAAUCAUCAAACAAGCAUGCUUUUGAAGGCUUGAAAACUCCUGUAUAAAAGAUGCUUAGAAGUAGUAGCGGGUGUGCUUGUUACGUGAAUUAUUCCGCUUGCACCUUUUAUUGCUAGCAAUAAACCUUCUUUGUACUUUCA